AUGAAUGUCGCGCCCCCCACAUACACAACCGGGGACUCCCCUCCUUCCUACGACGAAGUCGCCAGAAAGCUGGAGGGCCUCGUCGGCGACCAUGUCACGCCCGACAGAGUCCUCGACGCGACGGACAAGCUAUCGGACGCCGAGAUCGACAUCCUGAUAAACGGCGCCGACGACCACUGGCCCCUGGAGACCGACCAGCAAAAGGCAGACUUCGCGGUGGGGUGCGGCCAAUGUCUAUCCUCCCCCGAGGGCCAGACUCGAUUCGCAAGCGCCGGCGACGAGGCCACGCAGGCGACCCGCGAUAUUGAGAACAUAUUUGCCGGCUUGCAUCUACGCAUUGCGCAGAUCGAUCGAAUCCAUCACUCCGCAUUCGAGCCCGAGAUCAUCAAACUCCAUCAUGUGUACCGAGAUGUCCUCGCCGGGAGCCGCGACUUUGCGGCCACGGUCAGCGUCCACUCUAAGCGGUUCGACGAAAGCAUCCUCAAGAUUUGCGCAAAUGAGAGCAUCGCCAUCCAGACGCGUAGAAAUACUCUCGAGACGUACAUAGAGAGAACUACAGCGUUCCAAAGCGACGCCCAGAAAAUCACCGAUGGUUUCCGCACUGUGACGGACGACUUCGCCGCGUUUGUCGCCUCCUUCUCCACCUGGGCCAAGGACAAAGAAGGUGAUAUCACCGAGCAAAUUCGCCUUGUCGAGCAGGAGCUCGACGCUCUGCACAAGAAGCUGUAUCGGCUCGAGAGCUCCCUCCGCGCCUUCGAGAUCGUCUUCGGCGCGUCAAUUCCCGCCACCGGGACCUUUGUGAAGAUGUUCCCCGCCCUCGCGCCGUGGAUCGUGCUCGGUGGCGUAAUUACCGCCCUCGCUUCUUUCGCCGCUAUCGCCGGUCUCGCGGCUGGCAUAUCCAAAACGAACUACCGAAUCCACCUCAAGACGCAGGAGAAGGAGAAACUGCAGAUGGAACUGGAGAACCUCCGCCGCACGCGCGCCGAGCUGGAGGACUUUGGCCAUGACUCGUUGACGCGGUUCGAGACGGCCGUGGGGAUCCUGACGGGGGCGUGGGAGCAGACCCUCGCUGACGCGCGCAUUGUCCAGGAUUGGCUGGUCCGGGGCGCGAGUGUUGCUCACCGACCGGAGUAUAUGGAGCUGAAUAUCAGGCACGACGUCAACAAAUACAGCGCGCUGUCGGAGUAUUUGGAGAGUUAUGCUCGGGGGACUUAA